UAUGCCCCUUCUCCUCAGUUCGCAUUUACAGGUUAAAAACAAAUUAAACCACCAAAGUAGAAGGAAGUUAACACACAGGGUAAAUCUGGAAAAGGAAGAUGGAAUUAGAGAUUUACGAAGACGUGAAGAAAAAAUCCAAAAUCUGAUAAAAUAUUCCAAACCUAUGUACACCGCCAGUGACACCCUUGACCCACUUUGGAAACAAAGUUCCCCUAGGUUUAAUUGGUUAAACAAACCGUUGAAAAGUAGGUCUGGACAUCGGGGAUUAAAGAAUCAACUUCAAAAAGGCAAUAAAGGUCAAUUGAUGAAUUUCAAAGAAAACCUGAUGAAUAAUGAACUUAAAGAUACCAAGCUAUCGAAACAACUACAAGACCCUGGACAUUUUAAAGAAAACGAAUUUUCAAUUACAAAAGAGUUGGAAGGGUAUAACGUCCAAGAAUACAAAUAUAUAGGUGUUCUUGAAUAUGAACCUGCUUUGAAUGAUGCGGUCCUAGAUGUUCUUGAAGAUGAACCUGCUUUAAAUGAUGCAGAAUUAGAUGUUCCAGAAGGUGAACCUGCUUUUAAUGAUGCGGAACUAGAUGUUCCAAAAGGUGAACCUGCUUUGAAUGAUGCAGAACUUUAUGUUCCAGAAUAUAAACCUGGUUUGAAUGAUGCGGAACUAGAUAUUCCAGAAGGUGAACCUGCUUUGAAUGAUGCAGAACUUUAUGUGCCAGAAUAUAAAUCUGGUUUUAAUGAUGCGGAACUAGAUGUUCCAGAAGGUGAACCUGCUUUUAAUGAUGCGGAACUAGAUGUUCCAAAAGGUGAACCUGCUUUGAAUGAUGCAGAACUUUAUGUGCCAGAAUAUAAACCUGGUUUGAAUGAUGCGGAACUAGAUGUUCUUGAAGAUGAACCUGCUUUGAAUUAUGCAGAACUAGAUAUUCUAGAAGAUAAACCUGCUUUGAAUGAUGAGGAACUAGAUGUUCUAGAUGAAAUUGGGCAUGAAGGCAAAAAUGAAGAAGUUGAAGUUUCUGAAUAUGGUGAAGACUAUUUUUAUAAUAGUAAUCUUCCAUUCUUUCAAGAUGAUCCUACACCCCAGGUUAUCAGAGACAUGAGUUCCCCCAACCUCCCCCUGUACACUGCUGAGCAACCUCAGCCUCUCAUUGAACAAAACAAAUUUACUGUCUUUCCUUUUCUGGAGCUUCAUCCAGAGAACUUCCAUAAAACAUGGCGGUCCAACUCUAGAGUUCCUAUUCCGUUUGAAAAACACGUGCCUGGAGCUGACAAAGGGCAUGAAUUUCCGGUUUGGUUUACAAGAAAGCGAAGAUUUGUUUAGUAAUCAUGGCUUAACCAAGCGCUACAUAUGUAAUUCUUAAUAUUUUUUAACACCAACCAAAAAUAAAGCCCAGAAGAUUUUCAUGACUAAAAUUGCAUGUCGCAAAUAUUGUAUUUUUAAAGGACAUAAAAUUGUGUAAACGUACAUAAAAUAAUAAGUUGAAGACUUGUUUGCCAUCUGUUCAUUCCAAUUUUAAUAUUACAUCGCAUUUCUAUCGGCCAAAACCGGACUACCUCAAAAAUAUUACUGAUAUGGAGAAAUGCAGCCCAUGCAAAUACAUACAGUACAGUACAUAUAGUACAGUACAGUACAUACUUUCUGCAUCAAGCACGAUGACAUCUUAAAGCAGAUAUACGUAUGAGAAAGUCCGGUUUUAGCCUGUGGAAAUACAGUGUAGAAUGAAUAUCAAGGAAUGAUAAAUGUGAUCGUGAAAAGACGAGCGAUUUUUGAAAAAUCGCAAUUUGGUCGAGAGGACGAAAUCGUUUCUUGAAUUUAAAAUACAGUAUGAUGAUUUUCUUUUAAUAAUGAUAAAAAUGACAAACAUGGUUCAUUUCUAUGUUUUUGAGAUUCCCAGGACAUAACAUAAUAGUUCCUUGAUUAACAUAAAGCGUAAUUAUGUAUGUAUUCUAUAUAUAUGUGACAUGAAGCGUAAUUAUGUAUGUAUUCUAUAUAUAUGUGACAUGAAGCGUAAUUAUGUAUGUAAUCUAUAUAUAUGUGACAUGAAGCGUAAUUAUGUAUGUA